AUGAGUUAUCAACUGAUGAUUCUGCUCUGUGUGGGACUUCUGCACCAGACUGCAAGGGCCGUCCCUAUGGAUAAACUAGCAGACAACAAGACCUGCGGAGAUGCAGAAUGCUCAUAUGUUCUCUCCAUGGCCACAGCCUUGGAUGACUUCAUUGCUCCUGACUGCAGAUUCAUCAACAUGAAGAAGGGUCAGAUGGUCUACGUGUAUUCUAAGCUUGUACCAGAGGAGGGAGCCGGAGUCUUCUGGUCUGGAAGUGUUUACAGUGAGCGUUACGUGGACCAGAUGGGCAUCAUUGGGUACUUCCCUGCAACAAUGGUGAAGGAGACACAGAAGUUUACUGAAGACACUGUCACGAUUCCCACAACUAACACGGACUUCUACUGUGACUAACAAGUGACAGACUGGAGCAUAUUUCCUCUAAAGUCUCUGGCUUUUAUAAAGAAGAGGAGACAUCUCUUCUCUGGAGCCAGUGUGUUGGACCAUGUCCCAUGACAUUCUGUGGUGGUUUUGUCUCCAACUGGAACAAAAACUUGGACACUCUCAGUCCUCCAAAGCUCCACAGUCUGACACAUAUCUGUCUUUGUCCUAACAAGGCACUAUGCUCAAUAAAC